AGGACAUUUAAAUUCUGCUCGGGUUUCUGUUGAUCGCAGUAGCACAUAAUGACCUGUGGCUGCAGUUCCCCAGAGCCACCACUAGAUGUCCUCAAAAACAGCGGAUGUCAGUCUCUCCCUGGUGCCAAGCGCUCAACAGAGCAGCGAAAGGGUUAAUGUAAUCCACAGGAGAAAUGGGCGGAGAUUACAGCUGGGACACAAACCGGACAAACCGCCAGAGAAACACGAAUGUGGAGAAGAAAAAAUCACUGCUAGUGGUUGCGUGAAAUCAUCUGUGUAUCUCUUGGGCUCUCUUUGUUUCUUCUUCCAGCUCAACCUCUGCUCUGUUUGAGACCGAGGAGGUGUCUGAGGUCGAUGGAGAAGUUGAGGAGUCGCUGUCAGAUAUGGGAGAAGUAGUCAGGACGUGGAGAGCCGAAGCUGCAGAGUCCGACCUGAGAAACUUGAGUUGUGGGAGCGAAUCAACAGGACUGCUCUCUCUCUGCUGCAGGCUGUGAAACAAUGGCAAACUGUCUGUGCCUGCACACGGAUCCUCUGUUAUAAAACCGGGAAUACGCGCGUUACAUGCGCUCACAUGGAAUAAUAAACACACCUUCAUCUUGCUUUUUUUUGGCACAAAUCAACAGGAAUACUUCCGAUGAGAGCGCUCAUUGUUAUGUAAUAAGUCCGUGUCAGCUGCAGAAGAAGUGCAACAGAUCUGUUCCCCCCCCCCCCCCCCCCACGUCAGCGUUGAUAAACACGCCGAGUGACACCAUGUGCAGCCCGGGGACGUGGAUGUGGAGAGCCGCUUUGUGCUGCGCGCUUCUGGAAACAUUGCUGCACACUGCCAGAGGUCUCAACAUGUGUAUGAGUGGCAGCGCUACAUCCUGUGAAGAAUGCCUCCUGAUUCACCCCAGUUGUGCCUGGUGCGCACAAGAGCACUUUGGGAGGGGUCGGACUCUGACAUCGAGGUGCGACUUCAAACAAAACCUGCAUAAGAGAGGCUGCGAUCCGCUGUUCAUAGAGUUCCCCAGCAGCAGCGUUUCUAUCCUGCAGAACAUGCCGCUGAGCGAUAAAGGGUCCGGGGCGACCCAAUACGAUGUGGUCCAGAUUAUGCCCCAGAGCGUCUCUCUCAGCCUGCGGCCCGGAGAACAGACGUGGUUCGGGCUGCAGGUACGGCAGGUGGAGGACUACCCAGUGGAUCUUUACUACCUGAUGGACCUGUCUCUGUCCAUGAAGGACGAUCUGGACACCAUCCGAAACCUGGGCACCAAGCUGGCUCAGGAGAUGGGCAAACUCACCAGCAACUUCAGACUGGGCUUUGGUUCCUUUGUGGACAAAAACAUGUCGCCCUUCUCCUACACAGCACCCAAGUAUCAGGAGAACCCCUGCAAUGGAUACAAACUGUUUCCUAACUGCGUCCCCACCUUCGGUUUCCGUAACAUCCUCUCGCUGACGGACAAGGUCGACCGUUUCAACGAGGAGGUGCAGAAGCAGAUGGUGUCCCGCAACAGGGACGCACCUGAGGGCGGGUUUGACGCCAUCCUGCAGGCAGCUGUUUGUAAGACGGAGAUCGGGUGGAGAAAGGAGGCGUACCACCUGCUGGUGUUCACCACAGACGACGUUCCUCAUCUCGCUCUGGACGGUCGGCUGGGAGGCCUCGUCCAGCCGCACGAUGGAAAGUGCCACCUGAACGAGAAGAACGAGUACAGCGCCUCCACAGAGAUGGACUAUCCGUCUCUGGCUCUUCUGGGAGAGAAACUGGCUGAAAACAACAUCUUUCUCAUCUUUGCAGUGACCAAACGUUUCUAUGUCAUUUAUAAGAAUUUUACUGCCCUCAUACCGGGGACCACAGUAGAAAUCCUGGACCAGGACUCCAAGAAUGUGAUCCAGCUCAUCGUCGCAGCGUACAAUAACAUCCGCUCCAAAGUGGAGCUGUCAGUGUGGGAUCACCCGGAGGACAUCAGCCUUUCCUUCACAGCCACCUGCCAGGAUGGAAAACCCCUGCCGGGCCUCAGGAAGUGUGCCGACCUGAAGAUCGGAGACACGGUGUCCUUCAAUGUGAGCGUGGAGGCGAGGAGCUGCCCUCCCCGCAGCACCGACCAGAGCUUCACGAUCAGGCCGGUGGGCUUCAAAGACCGCCUGGAGGUGUCUGUGGAUUAUCAGUGUGACUGUGACUGCAGCAAGAAAGCCCAAACCAACAGCAGCAUCUGCAGCUCCAUAGGUACAUAUAACUGCGGGAAGUGUCAGUGCGAGCCGGGCUACCUGGGUGCCCGCUGUGAGUGCCAGGAGGGCGAGACCAGCAGCAUGUACCUGAGCGCCUGCAGGGAGGCCGAGGGCAAGCAGAUCUGCAGCGGGAGAGGAGAGUGCAGCUGCAACCAGUGUCUCUGCUUCGAGUCCGAGUUCGGGAAGAUUUACGGGAGCUACUGCGAGUGUGACGACUUCUCCUGCGCCAGACACAAAGGAAUCCUCUGCUCAGGUCACGGAGAGUGUCACUGCGGGGAGUGCAAAUGCCACGCCGGGUUCGUCGGAGACAACUGUAACUGCUCCACGGAGACGUCCACGUGUGUCUCGGACGACGGGCAGAUGUGCAGCGGGAGAGGAAACUGUGUGUGUGGACGCUGUCAGUGCACAGAGCCCGGAGCCUUCGGAGAUACCUGCGAGAAAUGCCCCACCUGCCCCGACGCCUGCGGCACCAAAAGGGAGUGCAUCGAGUGUCGGCUCUUCAACUCAGGACGCCUCGCAGACAACCAGACCUGCCAGCGCCUGUGCAAGGACGAAAUCAUCACAGUGGAGACCCUCAAAACGGAGGAGCCUGGCGCUGUUCUCUGUCUCUUUAAGACGGACAACGAUUGUGUCAUGAAGUUCACGUAUUCUGAGCACGUCAGCGGACAGUCCAUCCUCACGGCGCUCAAAGAGCCAGAGUGUGGAGGUGGUACUGAUGCCAUGAUGGUGCUGCUCGCGGUGGUCGGCAGCAUCCUGCUGGUGGGAGUCAUUCUGCUCGCCGUCUGGAAAACGGUCAUCACCGUCCACGACCGGCGAGAGUUUGCACGCUUCCAGAGCGCACGAUCACGAGCCCGAUAUGAGAUGGCCUCCAACCCGCUGUACAAGCAGCCCGUCUCUACUCACUUUGUGGAAACGGACUUCAGCAUGUACGGGAAGUCUUACAACGGAGGGGUCCACUGAUCCCUCGGCACGGGGCGCGGCAGGACCGGUCCAACUGAACAGAUCCCUGGAGGACAAUGAGGGGGGGGAGGGGGUGGGUGGGGAGGGUGGGGCACAUGAGGUGGAGGGCGGACUGAUCACAUACUCAUCCCUCUGCUCGGGUCACAGAUGAUAAAAGGAGAGACUUUGUGGGAGUGGGGAAUCUGUGGCCUUUUUUUUUCACCUUUUUCUAGAGGACAUUCAGGCCGACCACGGAGACGUGACGGGACGUCUCCUUUCAGACGGCGGUGGAGCGACGAAGCGUGAACUCAUCACUCCUGUUUAGAGAGAGAGAGCGAGAGAGAGUAGAGUUAGUGGUGAGUCUGCAGUUAAAUAAACAAGAUAAAUAAACUCUCUCAUCAUAAAACGCAGAAACAUAACUCCAGCCACAUUAAAGCAUCACUUCCUGUUUGUACGGAGAAGGCGGGACAUCGACUUAUAUUUGUAUAUUUUUAUAAACACUAAAAAUGCCUUUUUUCUUUUUUAGUAUAAACUAUGCACCCGACAAACAGAGACUCUGAACAUGACUCUCACUCCACGUCAGGUCGGAUGAUUUCAAGCACAUUUCUGUCACGGUUGCUAUGACGACGCUGUGGUACUACUAACAUUUACUAAGCAAUACUCUUCUCACCUUCAUUUUGCACAGAGAAUAUUUAGAGUCAGGUGACGUAAAGAUUUACAUUUUCUUUUGUAUUUUGUUUGUAUGUCGUCGUUCUGCUCGGCUCUCCUUCAGUCUGACUCACACGCUGACGAUUCUCCCGCCAGCCUCGCGCCCUUCAAAGUAAAAGUCUGGGGUUACUCUGUAUUUUGUAUUUUUGUAAACAAACGCCAUGAGAAGAAGAAGAAGAAGAAGAAGUCCUCCAAGACAUCAGACUUUUUAGACUGUUUUUUUACAGUGUCUGUGGCAAAGCAGAGGUGAAGCCCCUCCCCCCCCCCCCCCCCCCCCCUGGGCUCUACGUCCAAUCAGAACAAAGAAGCGCGACGUAGCAGAGGCUGCUGGCUCAAACACCCGACAUCAAUAACACAGAUAUUUGGCGUUACAUCAUUUAGCAGCCAACGCUGACUUCAUAGCUAGGGCGGUCAAACUAUUCCAUAUUUAAUCCCCAUUAAUCACAUUCUUAGUUCAUGUUUAAGGCCCCGUGUUCACCUGGCGUUUUUUUUUUUCUGAGCGUCACCGUCUUUUUAAAAAAAAUUGUUUUCAAUGGGUAGAGAGCGUCUGCAGCAGAAAACGGCCGCCUGGAGCAAAAGUGCUGCGCCCAGCGUCUUUAUCGAGCGCUCUGCAGUUUUUCUGCGGCGGCCCCCGAGCGCUCGAGUUGAAAAUCUUUCAACUUUUCAGAAAGGCGCUGUCGACGUCACCGGCGCUCUUUUCAAAAUGUAGUUUAACCUCCUGCAGAUCGUGUCUUGUACCCACAUCCUCCUCGCUCCGAGUCUGAUCGGGAAAUGAAACGAUCUCAGAUAUAAAACAUGCAGUAAAAAGUAACGGAGCAGUGUCGCUCAUACAGCGGCCGUUGAGAGCGGAGAGUUUGUCACGGUGGCGUCGGGACAUCGGCCGGUUGUAGCAGAGGCUUCAAGUUGUUCUUCCCUCGUACAGCGUAACGUCCAAAAUAACCAAAAUAUCGUCUCAGGAAAGAUGCGGCCAAUCAGAGACAAGUGUCUCGUCUUAUUAUGUUUGUUACGGCGCCGCCUCUAGUGUCCGACGCCACAUGCAGCACGUUGUGAAGCGAUCAGAUCUGGUGAUCUUCAGGAGAACAAAGUCUCGUCUUUUCAGUUUCUGAGGUCACUUCAGGGUUAAAGUACAAACUAACCAUCUGCUCUUAGAAGUCGACUGAAAAGAAGGAAAGUGCACGGAAAAGGAAGUCCCGUACCGCUGACAGUGAGCCGUACCCGAGGGGCUCUGAGACCGCCCCCCCCCCCUGACCUCGUCUGUCGUAGCUCGAUGGAUCUCUAGCGUUAAGGACUAAAACAGCGCUCCUAUCCUCCUUUCUUGCGGUUCUCAAGGGUUUUCUAAUCGGCCUUACUGGAGAGGAGGAAGAGGUCACAGCGUGUCUGUUCGAUAAUCAACACACUCUAACGCUGCAACAGUGUUACACCGCCAGCUCGCCGUCCAAAAUGUCGACGUAGUAACGUUCUGCACUAACUUUAUACAUUCUCUAUGAACACUUUGAAUAAAAUGGACGCUCUAUGGAGACGGGCGAUAUUUAAAACCAGCAGCAGCCUCUUUGCCCUCCUCACAUGUUGUUUACUGAGCGCCAUAAUAAGCACCUUGAAGCGUUCUGGUUCUGAUGUCCUUCAGAGUAAAUCACCUCGGACUUCCACUCACACGCAGCACUUUGAGGUUUGGUGGUUUGGUGCUCACACUCUGAUUGGCUGCUACGUUGUAAAGAGGCUGAGAGUCCACCCUGCCUGCAGCGUGGAGAGAGAAGAGGGUGGAAACUCUGAGAAACCUCAAAGGAUAGAUUCAUAAAUCCACCGGCAGGCGUUCCCACAGGAAGAGGCGGGGUCUGAGCUGCCACAGGGAGACGUUGACAGCGAGAGAUGAAGGUGACCCGGAGUCUGUAUGUUUCAGAGAGUGUAAAUAUUCUAACACGGUUUGCACAGUGCCAGAUGAAAUGUGGGGUGAAAUGCUCCCUGCCCAUCCACCCACGCGGUGUUCAGCUCUGACAUCUCCUGUACAGUCGAGAACAUUUUCACACCAACGAGGACUCACUCCACGCCAUGUUUCUGUCAAACACAGAGCAGCAACAAUAAAUCAGCUUACGUCAGAAGUCA